AUGCCGCAAUACGAGUCGGACCGCGACUACAGCGGCCGCGACACCAGGGAUAGACACCGAGCCAGCGACUCCGAAAAGAAUCGCGAGCGCAGACGAGAGCGGCGUCGCGAGAGCGAGAGGAGGCAUUCCCGAGGGGCAGGAGGCGACACCGCCGACGAGCACCACUACGACUCGGACCGAUAUCACACUAGACGCCGGAGAGGACACCGCGCCACCGAUUCCCAGGGCGAUUUAUUACUUCCGCCUCCGGCUGCGGCGCGGCGACACGAGAACAGCGAGUCGGAAUGGGAUACGCCGGCGUCGCCAUCGCCGCGCAGGACGCGGGAGGAGAGGAGAGGAAGUAGGAGUACGCCGGCGAGGGGAGAGAGUACGCGUGCUAGCGGGAGUCGGUCGCGGGGGACCAGGGAGAGUAGUACUGCAGCGCCGUUGAGUCUGGAUGCGUUGGCGAGGCUGGACAAGGUGAACGCUAGGAGGAGUGGGUGGGGCGCGUACGAUUAUGAUGGGGAGUACUUGAAGGAGGUCAGGAGAAAGGAGGAGAAACUGGAGAAGGAAAGAAGGAAGAUGGAGAAGGAGGAAAGGAAUAGGGCGAAGAGGAGGACUUAUGAGAGCGAUGGCGCGGGCGUUGAGAGGCGAGAAAGGAAGAAGGAGGAGGACAGGAGGAAGGGGUAUACCGAUGAUGAGGGCAAGAGGAUGGGUUAUACGGAGAGUGAGAUUGAGGAGAAGAAGAGGAGGUAUAAGGAGAAGUACACGCCAUCGGAGAGGGCGGAGAGGAGAGCCAGGAGACAAGAAGAGAAGAGACAUAGGACGGAACAGAAGAAGCGGAGGGUGAUUAGCGGACCCUUGGCUGAAGAAGGCGGUAUCGAUGAUGACGACGAGUAUCGGUACAUGAUGGAGAAGCGAGGAGGGGGUGGGAGUGAGCCUAGUGAUCUCACCGAGGAUGAGGGAGCGCGGAGGAAAAAGCUGAAGCGAAUAUUGAUUGGAGUGCUUUGCUUCCUUAUCGUGCUUGCCAUCAUCAUUCCCGUCGCGGUUAUGAUGUCCAAGAAACAUAGUGAAGACAUCCCCAAGAGCGAGGCUGCUUCCAGUUCAAAGAAACCUAGCAAUAGCAAUCUCGCGGGUAUAGACGCGUCCAGCAUCCCGGCCGACAAGAAAGGCUCCAUUCUGGAUCCGUUCAGCUGGUACGACACGGAAGAUUUCAACGUCACCUAUACCGACGAGGCGGUGGGAGGAUUGCCCAUCAUGGGGCUCAACUCCACAUGGGACGACGAUGUCCAAGCCAAUAAAAGAGUGCCGAAACUGAGCGAUACCUUCGAAUACGGCAAGAUGCCCAUCCGCGGAGUCAAUCUGGGCGGCUGGCUCAAUCUCGAACCUUUCAUCACACCUUCCUUCUUCGAAAAGUACAGCAGAAAAGACGGCAUAAUAGACGAAUACACACUCUGCUCCAAGCUCGGGCCGGACCGCUGCAAAGAGACGCUGGAACAACACUACUCGGCCUUCGUCAGGCGGCAAACCUUUACCGAAAUCCGCGACGCAGGCUUCGACCACGUCCGCAUCCCGUUUGGCUACUGGAUGGUUACCACGUACGAAGGCGACCCGUACGUGGCCCAGGUCUCCUGGCGCUACCUCCUCCGUGCCAUCGAAUGGGCCCGCCAACACGGCCUCCGCAUCAACCUCGACCUCCACGGGGCGCCCGGCAGCCAAAACGGAUGGAACCAUUCCGGCCGCCAGGGCACCAUCGGCUGGCUGAACGGCACAGACGGCGACCUGAACGCGGACCGCACUCUGCAAAUCCACCACCAGCUCAGCCAAUUCUUCUCCCAGCCGCGCUACAAGAACAUCAUCACUAUGUACGGCCUCGUCAACGAGCCGCGCAUGGUCGACAUCGACACGUCGCGCGUCCUCUCGUGGACGGAAACAGCCAUCCGGCAGAUCCGCAAGGACGGCAUCGACGCCGUGCUCGUCUUCGGCGACGGCUUCUUCGGCCUCGACAACUGGCGGGGCAAACUGCAGUUCGACGACCGUUUACUGCUCGACGUGCACCAGUACGUCGUCUUCAACGUCGACCAGCUCAGCCUCAAGCACACGGACAAAUUGAAUUUCGCCUGCAGAGGGUGGACGCAGCAGAGUCGGCGCAGCAUGGACAAGACGACGGGCUUCGGCCCCACCAUGUGCGGCGAGUGGAGCCAGGCAGAUACGGAUUGCACGACCUUCAUCAACAACGUCGGCAUGGGCACGCGCUGGGAGGGCACGUACAACACGGGUAAUGCAUCCACGUCGAUACUCAAACCGCAGUGUCCGCUGGGGGACGCGAGCUGCUCGUGCGCGAAAGCCAACGAGUCCGCGGAUAAGUACAGCGAGGCGUACAAGAAGUGGCUGUAUCAGUUUGCGGUGGCGCAGAUGAUGAGCUUCGAGGAGGGGUGGGGGUGGUUCUACUGGACGUGGGAGACGGAGCGGGCGGUGCAGUGGAGUUGGCGGAAGGGGAUGCAGGCGGGGAUCUUGCCGGCAAAGGUGUGGGAGAGGGGGUUUGAUUGCCCGAAGAAGUUGGAGGAUUUUGAGGGGUUGGGGUUGGAGGAGUAUUAUUAG